CACCUCCCGUUUCUCAGUCGAGAUACCGCGGUAGUGGUUGUCCCGAAUCAAAUACCCAGUAAACAUUCGACGACGGCGGCGGCGACCGGGACGCCGAUCAGCUGUUCGCGUCGCUUCUUUUCAACACCUCUAGUCACCCCAGCCCCCAGUUUUCAACCCCAGAUUCUAAAGACAGAUUCGAAAUUCAGACAGAGGAGUGAGGAAGAUGAAAAGGGAAGGUGCAGAUCUUGAUGAUUGGGGUUGCUGAUGAUGAUGCCAGAUCCGGAUUUUAGUGUCAGUGGAGCCAGAUCAUAGUGCCUGUAGAUCCAGAUCAUAGUGUCUGUUGAUCCAGAUUAUAGUGCAGAAGGUCUAAAUUCUAGUCUUGGAGGAAAUUAAAAUUGAAUGUGGAUAUUAGGGGACCCUGAAAUUUAAAAUCUGUUCUUCUUCAUAUUCGUUUUUGAUGAUCUAUGCCUUAUAAGAAAGUUAGGAUCUUUUGAGGAGUUUCUUAAAUUACUGGAGUUUUUUUGAAGAUUCUGCGCAGAUUCGUGAUGUGUGUUGAAGAAAAGUGUGAAGUUUAGUGUUACGUGAUUGAUAAAGUUGGAAGGAUUUACUGCCUGAACGAGUUGUUGUUCUCUAGUGCCGACAAACUGGAGAUCCUUGGGAUGUUUCCGCCGCGGACGGAAACGUCCACGGCUGAGAAGCUGGCGCUGUGCUAUGCACCUCAUGUGGACAUGACCACUGUUAUCGAAGUUGAGGACCGUUUAACGGGACAUGGUGGCAUUUCCUCGUUGGGCAGCGGAAAUUCGUCGCCUUAUUCGGGUGGUCAUCACCAUGGUCAUCGGGGUAACGGUAACGGAGGUGGCAUGCCUCAUCAUGGGGGCGCCUCCUUGCCAACAGCUUCCGACUUCCAGCCACCUUACUUCCCACCCCCAUUCCCAUCCCAUCACCACGCACCAGCGAGUCCCCAACAUCCGGGACUCGCACAACCCCAACACCUGGAUUACCUCGUCGGUGAUCCCUACACACAAACCCUAAACACCCUUCACCAACAUCAUUACAACCACCUGAGUGCGGCAGUCACGGCGGGCCAAAGGAGCGACCUCAGGAGGGACGCCGAAAGCAUCCACGUGACAAAUAUGCACGCGUCGUUUCCUUACGAUGGUGGCCGGAACAGUGGAGGUGGCGGUGGGGGCGGUGGAGGCGGGCGAGGUGUUGAAUAUGGCGUUCGUCGACCGGAUGCACUUCUUCCGCCACCAGGUCUGGACCAAACCGACCUUGUCCUACACACAAGUCUUGUUGACGACCCCCAGGUGAGCGACGAUAACACAAAUGUGGACGAUGGGGGAUUCAUGAACGACUUGCCUCUUCUUAAAAAUAUGAAACCGUCGGAUAGGGGUGACAAAGCCAUGUUGACGGGGAACGCACAACCUUCGGACGUUUUCUGUUCGGUGCCUGGAAGGUUAUCGUUAUUAAGCAGCACCAGCAAGUACAAAGUAACAGUGGCGGAGGUACAAAGACGAUUAUCACCACCGGAGUGUUUGAACGCGAGUCUUCUCGGUGGAGUCUUACGGAGAGCGAAAUCAAAAAAUGGUGGCCGACUUCUGAGGGAAAAAUUGGAGAAAAUCGGACUGAAUUUACCAGCGGGAAGAAGGAAGGCUGCCAACGUUACGCUAUUAACAUCCUUGGUGGAAGGAGAGGCUAUUCACCUUGCAAGAGACUUCGGUUAUGUUUGUGAAACGGAAUUUCCGGCGAAACAAGUUGCCGAAUACCUUAGUCGACAGCAUUGCGAACCUCAAGAUUCCUAUAGGAGAAAAGAACUUCUUCAUGCCACCAAACAAAUCACCAAAGAGUUGAUGGACCUUUUGAAUCAAGACCGAUCACCUUUGUGCAACACGCGACCACAACAUAUUCUUGAUCCAAGUAUACAGAGACAUCUCACACAUUUCUCCUUAAUAUCACAUGGUUUUGGAAGCCCUGCAAUUGUCGCGGCUUUAACAGCAAUACAGAAGUUCCUAAGUGAAUCUUUGAACCAUAUGGAGAAAAUGUACCCAGGAAACGGCAGUGGUGUAACUAGCAGUCAACAAUCGAAUCUCGACGCGAAUAAGAUGAAAUGCGACAAUGACAUGAAAAAGUGACGCCCAGAUGACCCGCCCACCUCCAACGUGGUCACAUCGAUCAGGCAUUCCUGGCCCUACAAUUGAACUCUGGCUCGUCUCAGCGACAAGCUGUUAUCAGUGGACCACGUGCAAUUGUGUAAUUGUAUGUACGCAUAUCCGUAGAGGUUGGCUGGUCAAAAAUACUACGAAUGAUUAGUACCGAUUCAGAUUUUUAAACUCGAAGCGAAUCUUUAACGGACAUAGGAAAAAUCAGAAGUGUCUUUUACUCAAUGCGUCAGCUUUUUCUUUGGUCAAAGCUGCUUUUAAAGAUCUCAUCAGAAGCUAGGGAUCUCAAACGGAAAAGGUUCCAAGUGGAGACUAAAUGUUCCAAUUGCCUUGACUUUAUUAACUAAUUAAAGAAAAACUUAUUUAUGUUUUCAAAUAGAAGGCACUUCUGUUCUUAUGCAGAUAUUCCAUCUCUUUUAGUAAUAAAAAUAAAUAAAUUUCGAUCUUUUUUCGAUGCGUCCUUCUUAGCGUUGUAAGCCAUUUUUAAAUGCUCGCAUUUACAUUACCGUGCAAGUCAUUCCAAGAGAUGGGAUUUAAAGCUAAGGAAGAGUCCAUUAAUCACGUGAGGCUUUUUUGGGUGUUGAAAUUCCUUCUUAUACAAUUCUACACAUAUCGUUUUUUUCAUUAUGCAAUAUUAUAUUUUUUGAGGAGUUAAACCUUCCAUGAGAUCUCGUAGAAUCAAUGGAAAUCUUGUCAUUCUUUGAAAUCCUGUGAAUUCUUAUGAAAAAAAUUAUAAGACCCUUAAAAUUUCUUAAAUAAUGUGAAAAUUCGUUGAAAUACUUUGAACUCGAUGGAUAUCGUACAUGUUUUGAAUCUUUUUGAAACCCUUUUAUUACCACGAACUUCUCUGGAAAUCCCUUAAAACCCUUUAAAUACUGUGAACAUCCUUGAAAUAUUCAAAAUCCUAAUUCCUUUAUAAUCCCUGGAGAUCUUUCUUAAUCUCUUGAAAUCUCUUACAAUAUAUUAAAAUAUUUUAAAAGCCAUUACAAUUCCUCGAAAUCUCAGGGUGGCCGUUUUAAUAAAAAAUC